GAAAAUCUCUACUCAGUAAAAAAAUAUAAUUAUUUUCGAGAAGUUGAUAGGCAGAAUCACAAAUGGGGAACUGUAUAGGGCAUGGAAAAUCAUCGGCGGUUUGGGCCGGUGAGGACUGGGGGUCCUUGACGCCGAAUCACCCGGAGAAUGAUGACGGAGAUCCGGAGGGAACAAGGCUUCUGGGUCGUUCAUCAUCUACUAGGGAGGUGAAGAUUACUAUUUCAAAGAAGGAGCUUGAGGAGUUGAUGAAGAAGGUGAACAUGCAGGGUUUGUCUCUGGAGGAAGUGCUGGGAAGGAUGGUCAGAGAAGGCAGUGGACAUGCGGGGGAGUUUCCGGAGCAGCACCGGCAUUGGAAGCCUGAGUUGCAGAGCAUUCCGGAGGUGGACUGAUUCUCAUUCGACGAAUCUCGGUUUUCCUUGUACGUAGAAAAUUGGUUAUAAAAAGGUGUUUUUUUGUAGUACUGCAUCAACAGCAAAACACUAACCAUCGAGAUAAGGAGGCAUCUCCAUUCAAUGGUUGGUGUUUUACGGUUACAUGCAGUACAAAUUAAAAAACAUCAGAUUCAAUUGGUUUUAUUAAAUUGUGGAUAUGUAGAUAUGUUCUGGCUUUUUGUUAAAAGAUGUAUUUUGGACGAAGGGGUUGUUGUUCAUGCUGGUCUGGACAUGAAAUCUAUAUUUACCUCUCUUUCUUCUUCUUCUCCUUGAGAAAUUCUUCCAUCCAGGAUUCCAUGUUUUCUUGUGAGGAAUGAGUAAUAAGUGUUACCUCUAUUU